AUGCCUUUCGCAGUCAAAGCCCUGGAUCACGUUGUCUUGACCUGUCGCAACAUCAAUGCCACAGUCAAGUUCUACAACCUGCUGGGCAUGAAGCACGAAGUAUUUCGUUCUUCUAAGGAUGGACCGGGAGUAGAGAGACACGCUCUCUCCUUUGGACAACAGAAACUAAACCUACACCAAGCAGGUGCAGAGUUUGAACCCAAAGCCACUCUCGCGAAACCGGGCACUGCAGACUUGUGUUUCAUAACCACAACACCCAUUACAGAAGUACUUGCCGAGCUACAAAAAGAAGGGCUAGAAAUCUUGGAGGAAGGUAAAGUGGUAGACAGGGUUGGUGCCGUAGGAAAGUUGAAGAGUGUGUACACGAGAGAUCCAGAUGGCAAUUUGAUCGAGGUGUCGAAUUAUGUAUGA